AUGUUCUUCUCGUCGCCCACCUCCAACAUUACCCCGGCCAUGACAUCGGUGGCUAUGUCGCGCUCAGACUCGCGCGACUCCACGUCCUCAAACACCUAUUCUUACGCGCCUACUUCUGCCUACACGGCCCUUGUAUGCGCGUCCCCUAGCUCGGCGUGGCCAACCUCUCAAGCUCUUGCACGAACAGACAGCAAUGCAUCCAACUCGACCUCUUCGUCGCAAACACAAUCCAUCGCCAUGCGACGCGACAGCAGCAACUCCACCUGGAUGCCUAGUCCAUACAGGUCAUGCAUGUCAUCGUUUGGCGCCGAGCCCAACUCAUAUCUUUCUGACGAUGACCUUCUGUGCCCUGCAGAAGACCUCGGUCUUCCUGUGGAGACUAUCCCGGCUCUUGCACCCAAGAAGGAACUUACCACCGAAGAACAAAUCGCCUUCUUGCGGGAACUCCAAGAGAAGGAGGCUGCCUCCAACGUCCCCCAGGCAGAAGCCCACUACGUACGAGACGCGGACGCAAAACGCAGAGUCGUGCGCUUCGCCAACCAGGACACCAAUAGCGCGAGCAAGUCUCGCCGACCCAGCGCCAGUGCCCUCAAGAGACGUCAGACCAACCAACGUCGUGGCACGAGUUGCCUGAAUGGCCCUCAGUGA